AACAGAUUCCUGAGAAAUUGCAACACCAGGUUUUCGAGUAAUUGACGCUUACGAAAGGACAAGUUUUCAGCAAUGUGUUAGCUUGAACACGUUGUUCAGUAAUUACAGCUAGAUUUUGUCAUCAGGUUUGUGUUUUCUUGUAGAUGGAAGCUUAUUUAUACAUCAUCCAUUACAAAAAGCAAGCGAAAUGUUUUAUUAUGAAUAUCCUUCGCCGACCAGUUUGUCUUACAAGUCAGAAGACGCUAAUUGCAAUUUUCUUUUUAUUUUUUAAGAAUUUUAAAUUUAUUCACUUCAAAAAUACAAGAUAUGAUGAUUAAUAGAUUACUGCUAUGAUCCAAUAUUCAUUACUAUAUGAAGGUUUGUGGUCUGCAAUUUUGAAUACUCUCCAAAUUUCGUUUAUUAUCAUUGUGAAGUUUGUAAUGGUAACUAUCUAGAACAUGCACGUAUAUGGUCGCUUAUGAUAUUAUAAAAGCACGUUCAUCAUAUCUGGAAGGGAUAACCAAAAUAGGAUUUCUUAGCCGAGAAAAAAAGAAGCAGAAAAGAGUCAAAGACUAACCAUAGUUCGAACGUGAAAGAACAUCGUUUCAUGUGAAUCCACGUUUGUCAUACACGCGCUUCCUUGUAUUGUAGUGUACAUCAAAGUCAGAACGUUAUAAUAAUUUUAUACAACGAAAAAAACGGUUAGCCCACGUGGACGUGCCACCCUAGUGAAACCUUAUAUAUCCCUCACUGAUCGACCACUAAUCCAUAUCUCUUAAAUUCAUUACAUUUAUUUUUCCUCAUUCAAUUUCUUUUUCUUAUAAACAAAUAAGAUCAACUACUUUGAUCUUGUAAUCAAGAAAACAACAACAACAAAAAAUCAAAGGGUUUUUGUGGUGGAAGAUUUUUUUUCGUUUUUAUAAAAAUGAGGCAGUGUAUGAAAUUUUUCCCACUAUUGGCCCUCUUAGUCGUAAGCUUAACCGGAACGGCUACGGUAAAGGCUGCGACGGGAUUGAACCCUCCGGUGAAGCUGGUUUGGCAUUAUUACAAAGUUACCAACACUUGUGAUGAUGCAGAGGCUUAUAUUAGACACCAAGUCGAAAAGUUUUAUAAGAAUGACACAAGCAUUGCUCCCAAGCUUCUUCGUCUUCUUUACUCGGAUUGUAUGGUUAAUGGAUGUGAUGCUUCGGUACUUUUACAAGGACCAAACUCAGAGAGGACAGCUCCACAAAAUCGAGGACUUGGAGGUUUUGUGAUAAUCGAUAAAAUAAAACAAGUUCUUGAAUCACGUUGUCCUGGUGUUGUUUCUUGCGCUGAUAUACUCAAUCUUGCCACUAGAGAUGCUGUUCACAUGGCCGGAGCACCAUCUUAUCCUGUGUUCACGGGGAGAAGGGACGGUGGGGCACUAACUGCAGACGCUGUGGAUCUACCGUCACCGUCUAUCUCAGUCGAGGAGUCACUGUCAUACUUCAAUUCCAAAGGUCUUGACGUUUUGGACAUGACUACUCUUCUAGGAGCACAUUCGAUGGGGAAGACACAUUGCAGCCACAUAGUGAACAGGUUAUACAACUUCAAGAACACUGGAAAACCAGACCCGACCAUGAACACAACAUUGGUGUCACAACUUCAAUACCUUUGUCCUCCAAGAACACAAAAGGGCCAAACCGAUCCACUCGUUUACCUAAAUCCAGACUCAGGCUCGAGCAACAGAUUCAGCAGCUCAUACUACUCUCGUGUCCUGUCUCAUAACGCUGUCUUGGGCGUGGACCAACAGUUGCUCUACAACGAGGACUCGAAGGAGAUCACUCAAGAGUUCGCUGCAGGUUUUGAAGAUUUCAGAAAAUCUUUUGCUUUGGCAAUGUCGAGGAUGGGAUCUAUCAAUGUGUUGACCGGCAAAGCUGGAGAGAUUCGCCGAGAUUGCAGAGUUACCAACGCCAACUACGGUGCUUAAUUUAUAUAAAUAUGAUAUCUUAUUUUAUGUGUGUAUGUGAUUGUUGUACUGUAACCUAAAUAUUUAUGUUGUUUUGAUAAAAGCUUUAAUCAAUAAGGACGAUAUGGAGAACAAAUAACAGAGAUCCAGUUAUUUAAUUGAUCUAUUGUAAUAGUUAUAGAACUAAACUUCUAUGAAAGAAAGAAAUAUUUUAUUUUCUCUACCCAAAAUGGUGUUAAUAUAUGAACUACAAUUUGAUUAUUUUUGUUAUGAAUGUACAGACACUAAUCUAUAGUUGUACUAAUAUGACAGCGUUCUUGUUUUCUAAGUCUAUUUCUUUUUGUCACAGAAAUCUAUACUAUUAAAGCAGGAUCCUAUAUAUUGUCAUAAUUACCUUAGCAUACCCUUUCUUUUACUAACAGUACAUGUUUUAUUAAGGACAAUCAAAUAAUAUUAAUAACACAUCUAUAUUGGGUCAUUAUUUUUGGAUCCAUCCCACAUCAAAUCUCUCUUGGGCCAUUUGGGCCUAUUAAAAAAUCAGAUUCAAUUUUCACCUUUUUUUUUUCCUUUGGGCCAUUGAGUCCAAGUUCAAAUAAUUUGUUUUCAACUAUUCUUAAUUAUUAUUUUUUUUCUUUUCUUAAUAUAAUUUA